AUCGGCUGUGGGAAGUAGGACGCUAAAGGUUCUGGGUCCCUUACGAUCAUGGCGGCGACUUCUCGCAGUGCUGGGACUUCAGCUCCGGAGUCGGCGACUUCUGCCGAAGCUCCGCUGCAAUACAGCCUUCUUCUACAGUACCUGGUGGGCGACAAACGUCAGCCCCGGCUCCUGGAGCCUGGCAUCCUGGGCGGGAUCCCGAGUCCCUCCAAGAGCGAGGAGCAGAAGAUGAUCGAGAGGGCGAUGGAAAGUUGCGCCUUCAAGGCUGUGCUAGCCUGCGUGGGAGGAUUUGUCUUGGGAGGUGCCUUUGGUAUCUUUACUGCAGGCAUUGAUACCAAUGUAGGCUUUGACCCUAAGGACCCUUACCGGACACCAACUGCAAAAGAAGUUCUGAAAGACAUGGGACAAAGAGGAAUGUCCUACGCCAAAAAUUUUGCCAUUGUGGGCGCAAUGUUUUCGUGUACUGAGUGUUUGGUAGAAUCUUACCGGGGAAAGUCAGACUGGAAGAACAGUGUCAUCAGCGGCUGCAUUACUGGAGGAGCCAUUGGUUUCAGAGCUGGUGUAAAGGCUGGGGCCAUAGGUUGUGGAGGGUUUGCUGCUUUCUCUGCUGCAAUCGAUUAUUACCUACGGUGAAAGAAAUGGCCUGAAAGGAAGGAGGAUGCCUGCCACCUUCAGAGCUGUUCUUUGGAGCACUUUCUACACACUUGGCAUUGCUUCAGGGGCGAAGCCAAUUGUCUCCCUCUUGGUGGUAUGAGGGAACUACCUCAUCGUUCUCUGCCUCCAGCCACUGGAGCAGCCAUACUUUUCUGCUUCUGAAUUCCAACCAGGUUUUUCAGGGUAGAUUGUAUGCCUCCUUGCAGUAAAAAGACCAGGAGGCAGUGUGUUGACUGUUAAGAAUUGAGCUCAACCCAGGCUCAGUCCUGACCUCAAUUCGCUCUCCAGCUGUGACCAGGGAGGUGGCAGUAUGUUUGCCCAUAGCCAGGAAGUUCUUCUGCCUUGAAACUCUGUGCAAGCAUUCAUCUUGAGUACCAGGGCAGGGCAAAGUAAACUUAGGCCAUCCAGGAAAGCAUGUCAUUUCAGUUCGUAUCUUUGCUAUCCUUGUUAAAAUAUGUCUACAGGGGGCUGGUGAGAUGGCUUAAUGGUCCCAGGUUUUGUUCCCAGCACCACAUUGUGGUUCACAACAGUCUAGUUCCAAGGAUCCAAGGUCCUUUUCUGACCCCCGAGGGCACCAGACACCUCUACAUAGAUAUACACUCAAGCAAAAUAUCCAGUUUUGUUUUUCUUUUUUAAAGAAUAUAUGUACUGUUACAGUUAUUUUUCAGAUUUCACAUCUCCCAUACAUGAGGCCAGGUAGCCCAAAGAGUGACAGCUCAAUGGAAAGCUUCUAAAGAAUUCUGGGAAUUCUAGUCUCAGGGUUUGUGGAAACUGUACCUUUGUCACCAUUCUGUCAGCCAUGGGCGGGCUGAUGGUCAUGCACGCAGCUUGUGAGCCAGUGGUCUCAGGCCCCAGCCCUGUUUAAAGAUACAUGAGUAUCUUGCUCUGGUUAUCCUGCCAGCCCAGAUCAAAUGUGGAAGGCCUGCUCACCACCACCCUUGUUCUCCAUUAAGUUUUUCUUUGGCUUUAGUUUUUUAUUUCAACACUUGGGUCCAGUUAUACCAUGGCAGAAAACCAGCCUUUUAUGUUUGGGCUGUGCCACUGAACUGCUUCACUGCAGUGUGUGGUGAAGAAGGAAUAAUGGACUCAGUCCUACCCUACUGUCAGCUGUGCAGGAGGCUCGGCAAAGGCCUGUAACUGGCUGCCUUCAGCCAGCAUCCAGUCCUUUUUCCCUGCUGUAUACUAACCCUUCUGUGAGUCCAACUUCACCAUGAGUCAUUUGAGUGUGUAUAUGUAUGUGAGUGAUGAUAUAAAAUCCAGAGUAGCA